UUCCUCCCACUUCCAGCCUGCUUCGCCUGGUGCGGAGCCCUCGUUUAAAUGGACCCCAUGCUGCGGGAGAGCUCGCCGAUCCGCAGGCAAGAGCUCGAGGAGGUGGCCUCAGGCUGCCUCGGACAGGCAUCUCCCCCCUUUCUCCGGCUGAGGUCGCGGAAGCCCAGUUAAAGGAGGCGUGUGUAAAGAUUUUGCAAUGUCCCUGCAUGGUGUUGUAGACUUUGCUAGGAAAGAAACCGGCUUCGGCUUCUUUACAAUCCCAGACGACUCACCUGAUUAACCUGCCUGCGGUUCUGCCCUGACCAGGAUGAUGAAUAUAUACAGCAUCAUUAAAGGCUUAUCUGCAGAAUGUCAAGCAAGGAUCGACACAUUGAUUCUAACUGUUUGUCGUAUAUCAAGACGGAACCAUCAAGCCCAGCUUCCUUGACGGACAGCAUCAAUCACCACAGCCCUGGUGGCUCCUCUGACGCCAGUGGGAGCUACAGCUCAACCAUGAAUGGACACCAGAAUGGUCUAGAUUCACCACCACUCUACCCUUCAGCCCCAGGUCUUGGGGGUAAUGGGCCCGUCAGGAAACGAUAUGAUGACUGCUCCAGUACCAUCACUGAAGAUUCACAAACCAAGUGUGAAUACAUGCUGAACUCAAUGCCCAAAAGACUAUGUUUGGUGUGUGGUGACAUUGCGUCAGGAUACCACUAUGGGGUGGCGUCAUGUGAGGCCUGCAAGGCUUUCUUCAAGAGGACAAUUCAAGGUAACAUAGAAUACAGUUGUCCAGCAACAAAUGAAUGUGAAAUCACAAAGCGCAGGCGCAAAUCCUGUCAAGCUUGUCGCUUCAUGAAAUGUCUAAAAGUCGGCAUGCUGAAAGAAGGGGUGCGCCUAGACAGAGUACGUGGUGGUCGCCAGAAGUAUAAGCGCAGAAUAGAUGCAGAGAACAGUCCAUACCUGAAUCCUCAGCUAGUUCAGCCAGCCAAAAAGCCAUAUAACAAGAUUGUCUCCCAUUUGCUGGUGGCUGAACCAGAGAAGAUCUAUGCUAUGCCUGAUCCCACUGUGCCAGACAGUGACAUCAAAGCCCUCACCACUCUUUGUGACUUGGCAGACAGAGAACUGGUGGUCAUCAUUGGAUGGGCUAAACAUAUUCCAGGAUUUUCCACUUUAUCGCUUGCUGACCAGAUGAGCCUUCUGCAGAGUGCUUGGAUGGAGAUUUUGAUUCUGGGAGUCGUAUACAGAUCACUUUCCUUUGAGGAUGAGCUUGUCUAUGCUGAAGAUUAUAUUAUGGAUGAAGAUCAGUCCAAAUUAGCAGGCCUUCUUGACCUCAACAAUGCCAUCCUGCAACUGGUAAAAAAGUACAAGAGCAUGAAGUUGGAGAAGGAAGAGUUUGUCACCCUCAAAGCUAUCGCGCUUGCUAAUUCAGACUCAAUGCACAUAGAAGAUGUUGAAGCCGUUCAAAAACUUCAAGAUGUCUUACAUGAGGCAUUGCAGGAUUACGAGGCUGGGCAGCAUAUGGAAGAUCCACGUCGGGCUGGCAAGAUGCUGAUGACUCUUCCGCUGCUGAGGCAAACUUCCACUAAAGCUGUGCAGCAUUUCUACAACAUCAAACUGGAAGGCAAAGUCCCCAUGCACAAACUUUUUUUGGAAAUGCUGGAAGCCAAGGUCUGACUAAAGCAUCCUUAGCCUUCCAUUGUGUGCGCUGAAAUUUUAAAGGGAAAACGAACAGGAGGAAAAAAACAGCAAAGAAACUUUAGUGUUUAAAUUAAGGAAACUAAAAUGACUGCACUGAUACUUAGCAGCAAGACUGAGAAGCAGUUUUCACCUCUUUAUAAUCUGAUCUGUAUCUUAUCUGAUGCAGCUUUCCUUCUUCAUUUCUCUCUUCUUUUCCUGUUCUUGUUUUUUCCUUUUCUUCAUUAUCCCCCCACCCACCCCCUUGCUGCUGAAUCUUUUAAAAAGAGGUCUCUAAUAGAAGAGAGAUGGAAGCCAGGCCUGCCAAAGGAUGGAAAUCCAUAAUAUGGAUGCCAGUGAACUUAUUACGAACCACAAUACCCCAAUGACAAAGGAAUCAAAAGAGAACCAUCAUACCUAGCAGUACAGUACAGUACAACACGAUGAACUGACUGAAUGCAGUAUUAGGUUUCACGAGAGCAGCCUCUAAUUAGACGACUUCGAUGACAGUGCAUUGGCUGCUUCUUAUCAUGGCAUUUUCCAUCUAGAUCAGUUACAGCCAUUUGAUUCCUUAAUUGUUUUUUCAAGUCUUCCAGAUAUUUCUUAGGUUAGCUACGGUGUAACUUUUUCAGGGAAUAGUUUGAGCUUUAUUCAUUCAUGCAAUACUAAAGAGGAAAGAUAAAUAAACAAACACUGCAUUUUUUUUGUGCUGGCUUGAACAACAAUGAACAUUAAUGAAGGACAAAUGAAUCCUGAAGGAAGAUUUUUUUAAACAAAAUGUUUUGGUUCUUCUUACUAAAGGGGAGAUUUUUUUCUACCAGCUUUACUAAUUUUUAGCCAUUUGUUAAUGUGGGAAUUUAUCUUACUCAAGCAAUAGUUGAAAGGAAGGUGCAUAUUAUCACGGAUGCAAUUUAUGUUGUGUGCCAGUCUGGUCUAAGACAUCCCGUUUCUUUGCAUGAGCUCCAAUUUAUACCUAAGUGUUAACUGAAACAAAGGAUUAGAUUACACCUACAAUAUAUCUGAGUAGUCUAAAGAUGCCAUGUCAAGUAGACAUCUAAGGAGAUGUUAGUAAGGUGCUUCUGUAUGACCAAGAUACAGCUGUCCCAUGAUCUUAAUAAUUCUACAUGUUCAUUAUUGAUGUGGCUUGUCAUUUUCAAAACUACAGACUUAUUAAUAAAAGACCAAUUCACCUCCCACUAGCAAUAAUGCAAAAUCAGAUAUCAGAAUAGUCAGCAUCUGACCAAAUUCAAGAACUUAGCACUUGUAUACAUUAUUUAUUAAUUUAUAAAAGUUUUAUUCUGGGUAAUUGCCAUUUUUAAAUGAACAGCCUAACCAAGUAUAUCUGCUUUUUCAACCAUUGUUGUCACAGCAUGAAAGUCGGUCAGUUUCUAAGACUGUUAAGAGGUGUAAUCUAAUGUAUAAACCAAUUAAAUGCCCCCCAAAAACUACAGUCGCUAAAUAACCAAUAAACAAUAACCUCCAUCAAAUGCUAUACCAAUGUACCAGUGUUAGUAGCUGCUCCCUGUACUAUGUGAACAACCUUAUUCUAUGUACACAAAUGUAAUUAAAAUUGUAAUCCUAACAACAACAACAAAAAAAGAAAUGUAGUUCAGCUUUUCAAUGUUUCAUGUUUGCUGUGCUUUUUGGAAUUUUUUAUGUUGCAUUCAAAGACUGUUGUCUUGUUCUUCUUGUGGUGUUUGGAUUCUUGUGGCGUGUGCUUAUAGACACAGGGUAGAAUUAGAGACAAUAUUGGAUGUAAAAUUCCUCAGGAGACUACAGUAGUAUAUUCUAUUCCUUCUGGUAAUACAGUUCUUCCUAGUAAUAAUUAAGAGAUUGGAAAAAAAAAUCCAACCAAGUACUCAUUAUGGACAGAUACACAUUGAAAUCAUAAUAUUUUCAAAACAAGGGAUAAUUUCUGUAUUGGUUUAUUCUAGAAUACCUAUGUAUAGCUUAGAAAUGAAACUUUGAAUAUUUCAAGAUUAUAGAUAAGUCUAAUUUUUAAACGCUGUAAAUAUAGCUUUCAACCAGUCAUCUCUCAGAUGUUGUUAUUAACUUGCUCUGUGUUUGUUGCAAAAACCUUAUUUCUUUUUCAUUUGUGCAGACAUGUUUCCAAAACUAUUGCUACUUUGUGUGCUUUAAACAAAAUACAGCAGGUUGAUGGUGCAUCAACCUCAUGCUAGAAAUACUGUGUAUCUCUCAUUAGCUAUAUGGGAUUCUCUUGUAGAUUGUGUUUUUCUCAGUAGAGAAGUGACUGUCGUGUGAUCCUAGAUAAAUCAUCAUUAGCAAUUCAUUCAGAUGGCCAAUAACUUGAAAUAAUAGCUGUGAUAGGAGUUUGGAAAUUGGCACAUCCCUUUGAAAAAUGACAAACCCUUACAACUCCUGGGUGGGGAGGAAAGGUGCUGAUUCUAUAAAAUUAUUUAUAUAUGUAAGAGUGCAGAAAAAAAUUAUUUUCCAGAAAAUUUGUGCAGGGUUUAAGUUACUACUGUUCAACUACACUAUAUAUGUAUAUAUAAAUAUCUAAUAUAAAUAUUGUUUUUGUCGGAUCACAUUGAAAAUUCUUGGGUUUCAGGGUCAAUAUCCAAUCAACAUACUCAGAAAAGAAAAACAAAGACUUAAGGAAGAUGGAUAUGUGUUAUAAGAACACAGUGCAAUUUUUUACUUUUGUUUUUCAGUAAUAUUCAGAGCUGCAAUGAACAAAUAUUUCGUGGCUGUACAAACAUUAACUGAGUAAUAGAUAUACUGCACAGGCAUUAGAAUAACAUUAAUCCUAAACCUUACUGGAAUACAUUUUCCCAACCACUUAUUUAAUGUGAAAUACUGGGGAAAAUUCAAAAAGUGUAUGUUUUAGCUUAUAACAAUUUCAUUGAGAGGGGAUAAAAUUCAUCUGGAAACUCUUCUGCACGAGCCCCAUUGAAAUUAAUGGGCAUCAUGAAGGCCUUUUGUGUUCUUGUUUGGCUCCUUUUCAGUUCAACAUGCUGAUGCCAAGAAGAUGUUUCUGAUGCAUGGUACCCUGGGCUAUUUUUUUCCUUCAUUUUUUUUUCUUAUUUAAAGCAAUAUGAUUGUGUAGCUCCUGGAAGUUGCACAUUUGUUUCAAUCAAAUCAGAUUGUUGUAUUUAUUCCACUAUUUUGCAUUUAAAUGCUAACAUAAAAAGAUAUUAAAAAUUAAAACUGCUAUUUUUCUUAUGGAAGAGAAAAUGGGUGUUGGUAAUUGUAUUUUAAUUAUUUAAACGUCUCUGUUUACCUGCCUAGGAAAACACUUUAUGGCAGUCUUAUUGUGCAAAGAUCGCAAAAGGGGGGAAAACUGAAUUAAGCUGCUUAUUAUAAUCCAGGAGUUGCAUAAUAACCAGUAGAAAAAACACAAAUUUUUAAAAAAAUCAUGUCUAUAGCUGUAGACGGGCUUCACAUCUGUAAAGCAAUCAACUGUAUAUUUUUGUGAUGUGUAUCAUACUGUGUGCUCCAACCAAUGUCCAUUUGUGUAAAUGUAUUUAUUUUAUAUUGUAUAUAUUGUUAAAUGCAAAAAGGAGAUAUGGUUCUGUAACUCCAAUCAGUUCAGAUGUGUAACUCAAAUUAUUAUGCCUUUCAGGAUGAUGGUAGAGCAAUAUUAAACAAGCUUCCACUUUUAAUUGCUUUUAA